AGCGUAGGCAACUCUACGGUGCCACACAACACCAAGAAAUACAAACGACCCGUUCAAGAAAGCUACCAAAACUGGGAACAUGCAGCUGACGCAGGUUCUGAUGUACCUGAGUUUGUGGGUUGCAUUUGGUCCAGUGGGUCUGGGGGAUAUAGCUGCGCACCAACCUUCAGUAACGGAGGACAGCGAGCAGUGCUCGACAUGCGAGUUUAGACAGCACAGCAAGCUCAUGAGAUUACAUGCCAUCAAGUCCCAAAUUCUCAGCAAACUUCGCCUCAAGCAGGCCCCCAACAUUAGCAGAGACGUGGUAAAGCAGCUUCUUCCCAAAGCUCCCCCGCUGCAGCAACUUCUCGACCAGUACGACGUCCUUGCGGAUGACAAUAAAGAUGGAAUCAUGGAAGAGGACGAUGACCAUGCCACUACGGAAACUAUCAUGGCUAUGGGCACAGAGCCCGACCCCAUCGUCCAGGUGGAUCGGAAACCGAGGUGUUGCUUUUUUUCCUUCAGUCCGAAGAUUCAAAGUAACCGAAUUGUCAAAGCGCAGCUGUGGAUACAUCUUCGGCCGGCCGAAGAAGCUACAACUGUAUUCCUGCAGAUCUCUCGUCUGAAACCGGUGACUGACGGAAAUAGACACAUACGAAUUCGCUCUCUGAAGAUCGACGUAAACGCAGGGACCAGUUCUUGGCAAAGUAUAGAUGUGAAACAAGUACUCCUAGUCUGGCUAAGGCAGCCAGAGACGAACUGGGGAAUCGAGAUUAAUGCCUUCGACUCGAAAGGAAAUGACCUGGUCGUUACCUCUGCGGAACCAGGAGAAGAGGGACUGCAACCAUUCAUGGAAGUGAAAAUUUCCGACAACCCCAAACGCUCAAGGCGGGACUCCGGCCUGGACUGUGAGGAGAGUUCGCCGGAGUCCCGCUGCUGCCGCUAUCCCCUCACCGUGGACUUCGAGGACUUCGGUUGGGACUGGAUUAUCGCCCCCAAGCGCUACAAGGCCAACUACUGCUCCGGAGAGUGCGAGUACAUGCACCUGCAGAAGUACCCGCACACGCACCUAGUGAACAAGGCCAAUCCGCGGGGUACUGCCGGGCCUUGCUGCACCCCCACCAAAAUGUCCCCCAUCAACAUGCUGUAUUUCAACCGGAAGGAGCAGAUCAUCUACGGCAAGAUCCCGUCCAUGGUGGUGGAUCGCUGUGGCUGCUCGUGAACGUGUGGCCGGCGCAAGCCCUGCUUUCUCUAUCAGGAGAGAGCGCGAGAGAGACAGUCUGUCUGGACACCUGAGAGUUUCGAAAAGUGUUCACCAACCAGUGCUUCCUGCAUUUUCCAAAAUACUGUGCAAUAGAACCAGAAUAGCAGCAAAAUGCGCUAUUAUCACCGAGCAGAGUUUCAGCGACCUUUUUUCUCUUUUCUUUUCUUUUUGGAAAAAUCAACACCACCUUGGAUGUUUGGAGGAUUU